AUGAAUGCAGAGGAAGUGGAGCUGCUCAGUGACUCCAAAUACAGGAACUAUGUUGCCGCAGUGGACAAAGCCCUCAAGAACUUUGAGUAUUCUAGUGAAUGGGCCGACCUCAUCUCGGCUCUGGGAAAGCUCAACAAGGUUUUACAGAACAAUGCAAAAUACCAAGUGGUGCCCAAAAAGCUGACAAUAGGCAAGAGACUUGCCCAAUGUCUCCAUCCUGCCCUUCCAAGUGGGGUCCACCGAAAAGCUUUGGAAACCUAUGAGAUAAUCUUUAAAAUUAUCGGUUCCAAGAGGCUAGCAAAAGACCUCUUCCUUUACAGCGCUGGCCUCUUCCCUUUACUGUCCAAUGCUGCUAUGUCUGUAAAACCUGUGCUCCUUGGACUCUAUGAGACCUAUUAUCUGCCCUUGGGAAAGACUCUAAAACCAGGCCUACAGGGAUUGCUGACUGGUGUACUUCCAGGCCUAGAGGAAGGGUCUGAGUACUAUGACAGAACCAAUACGCUGUUGGAAAAAGUGGCUGCUGCCGUGGAGCAGUCUGCCUUCUACAGUGCCUUGUGGGGCAGUAUCCUGACCAGCCCCGCUGUACGUCUGCCUGGGGUGUCCUUUGUUCUGCUUCAUCUCCACCGCAAGCUCUCAAUGGAGGACCAGCUCUAUGUCAUGGGCAAUGACAUUGAACUGAUGGUGGAAGCAGUCAGUACUUCUGUUCAGGACUCAAGUGUGCUGGUCCAAAGGAGCACACUGGACCUCAUACUCUUCUGUUUUCCCUUUCAUAUGAGUCAGGCAACACGGCCAGAUAUGAUCCGAAUCCUGUCGGCAGCUUUGCAUGUGGUUUUGAGAAGAGACAUGUCUUUGAACCGCAGACUCUACGCCUGGCUGUUGGGCUUUGACAACAAUGGGGUGAUUGUAGGCCCCCGCAGUACACGACAAAGCAAACCGGAAGAACACGCUAGUCAUUACUUCAACAACUACUCUAAAGAUAUGUUGGUCCAGGCAAUGGUGGGCAUAUUGCAGGGCAAAGCCAGAGGGGGUGAAGAGGAAAGCGUCCUUAUGCAUGACCUUAAGCCAUUCCGCAUUCUCAUAAGUUUACUGGAUAAACCAGAGCUAGGUCCAGCAAUCCUUGAAGAUGUUUUGAUUGAGGUAUUUCGUACUUUAUAUACACAGUGUCAAACAGAGUUGGAUCUCCAAAGUCAAAAUCCAUUUAGCAAGGAUCACACACACCUUAGCAGUAAACUGCGAGAAAAUAAAAAGACUGCAGAGCUAAUAAAAACUGCAAAUCUCCUUUUUAACUCAUUUGAACCAUACUACAUGUGGGAUUACAUUUCUCGCUGGUUUGAGGAAUGCUGCAGAAGGUCAAUGAACACCGGAGCCCCUGUACUCGCUGGGGCCAUAGACUGUCCAGAACUCUCUCUGGUGGAGUUCUGUCAGCUUGUUGAUUUUCUUCUAGAUAUCGUUUCACUGCCUACUAGAAGCAUGAGGGUAAUCUGCCAGGAAACAUACAUAGAGAUCCAGACAGAGCAUCUUCCUCAGCUGCUGUUGCGAAUGGUGGCUGCUCUCACCGCUCACCUGCAGGUUCUGGGCCUUGGAGAACUCACUCACUGCCUUCGUCUCUGUUCCAAAAUCCUGAGCAAAGUUCAGCCUCCUCUGGUGUCCCCUCUGGUGGUACCGCCAGGCUCUCAGGCUCCAGGUAUUUCAAACCCCACUACUGCCCCGUCGCAUUCAGCAGUGCAGACGCCCAAAGACAAGGAGGCCAGACAGACUCCUCCUUCAACAUUAGAACUGCCCACAAGGGCAGACAUAUUUGAGGAAGGUGAGAGUCUCCCUAGUGCCCGCUCCCCUGAGAGUGGGUUCACAGACUUUGUCCAGUACCAGGGGGAUGGAGAGGAGGCUGAGGGGACACCUAAUGCCUCUCCUGCUUUAAAGCCCAGCGGACGCUCCACAGGCCUCUCUCAGACCAAACCUUUGGACAAACCUAUCAUGCAGUGCUGCCUAGAGCACUUCCAGCUGUUCCUCUCGCGCCUCAUCACACUUUUUCCUGUUUACAUUGCAGAAGGCAACCUGAAACCCUCAGCCUCACAAGAUGAGCUUAACAAUGACAAAGGUUGGCUCCCCAUCUGGCUGCAGAACCUGAUGGAUGCCUGUUGUUUGGCCACAGAUUUUUGCUUUCAAGGUGUAGCAAUCUCAUUACUCAUGGACCUGGUGGGGCUCACACAAUCGGUUGCCAUGGUGGCAGCUGAAAGUGUGGCGUCAGGCUGCAGCUCUGAGUCCACCCAAACCAUGAGCCCAAGCCAAGGACGUGUGGCUGUAGUCAUUAGGCCUCCACUCACUCAGGGAAUACUCGAGUACAUUGCAGACAAGACCAACUUCUUUAAAAGUGUGGCUUUAAUUCUGUGGGAGCAACUGAGUGAAGCAACACCUCAGCAUCAUCAACGCAGUGUGGAACUUUUCUAUCAACUCCACAACCUGGUGCCAUCCUCCAGUAUCUGCGAGGAUGUUAUCAGCAAGCAGCUCAUGCAUCGAGAUAAGAGCAUACGAUUGGAAGCCCACGUAAAGUUUUCCAUUCUCUGGCACUUAACAAGAGAUUUAAACACAACCAAGUCUUCUCCUUUUAAUCGCACUUUUGAUAGAUCACUCUUGAUUAUGAUGGACAGUCUAUGCUAUUGGGACCCCUGCACUAGUGCAAACCACUUCUGCUUCUUCUGCUGCACCCAAAAACCCACCGAGUGUCCAUUCAGAGAGUGCAGGCCCAGCGCUAUUGGGCCAGAGUGUGUCCACCCCCAGCGGAGCAGGACACUCCUGAUACCAUAUACAAUAGAGACUCUGGCUUCUCAGAAAAUGUGA